UGCGACGAUACCACUUGGAUACCACGCAGUCUCUCCCCUUGUACAUGCUGUAUUCUGGUGCAGAAAGAACGACUGAUCUGCGAUACCCAUACGCCGACUACUCUGUAACAGACUACAUAGUACUGUACCAUCAAAACCACAUAGCAGGAGCGCAUUAAUAUUAUUGUAAGCAUUCUGAGACAUGCCGAAGGCACCUCGUAGCGCCAAGCCACGACCAUCGUCGUCCACGUCGAACGCACUAGACAUGUCUAUCGCGGGCAAGACGCGUGAAAAGCCCAACGAGAGGAAGCGUGCUCGGACGGCGAAAUCGGACGGUUCCUACGAAAUUGAAGACGCUCGCCCCCAGCCCAGCGUGUUUCGUAAGCUCCCGCUGGAUAUAAUCUUCGAGAUAUUCACCUACUUAAAGCCGGUCGAUCUGGCAAACCUUGCGCAGACAAAUACGGAAUUCCGUACAACCCUCGCAUCACCUCAGGCUUCCACGACGUGGAAGGCAGCUCGAAAGCGCGCUGCAAAUGCCCCCGGGUGCCCAUCGCUCGUGUCCGAGGUGUCAUGGGCAAAGUUCAUUUAUGGCCCAUCUAAAUGUCUGAAAUGCGACACGUCCAACGUACUCAAUCUAGACUUCGCUCUCAUGCGACAUGUAUGUGUACCAUGCAAGAGGAAACUCGUCGAGAUAGGAAACCUACACAGACGCUUCCCUAGCGUCCGUCCGGUGGUUUUGGAGCUAAUCCCUUAUACGACUGAUCAUGUACUGCCCGGAAAGAAAUAUUACUGGGACGCUGAUAUCAAGGCAAUGGCGAAGAUAUACGGCGAUUAUAAGAGGAAUAUCGACUUACGAAAGGCAAACGCGAAGACAGCGCUGCAGAAAUACAGAGACCAGCGCGUAGAACAUGUCCAGGAGGUCAUCAAGUACGAGAAGAAGUGUAGAACAUGGUUGAACGGGUUUGAAUCCCAUCUCGGCGACGAAAUAGAGGAACGCAGGAACCAGCGCUACAAUUUAAUAGCGCAGCGUUUCCUCGACCUAGGGUACGAGUGGCGAGAUAUCCAUGUUAUGCAGGACAGGCCAGAGUCUAAGUAUGAUGGAACUUUGACCGAGCAAGUGUGGGAGCGCAUCGGGCCCGUUCUCCAGCUCGACAUCGAGAUUGCACGGUGUAAGCGGCUGGACAAGGUCGAGGCCAGCACGAUCAAAGCACGGAAAGCCCUAGUUGAGAACCUAUACUAUGGUUACAAGCUAACACUACGGCCCAUUGAGUGGGUCCACCUGCCGCCUCCCGGGUUCGUCUACACCAUCCCGGCAUUCCGCUCGUUGAUCUACACCAACCUCGACGUCCCGCUGGAAGCGGCUGCGUGCAAAGAGGCUGCGCAACGGCUACCCGAGUAUAUCUCGGCCUUCCACGACAGCCUCAAGGCUCGCCUCCUGCGAAGCAUGGCCGACAGCCAUGCCUCGACAACGGGAGCAAGGACGUCGACGCGGCCGCUCGGGGACACAGAUACCCUUCUCUCGCUGGCCACCUCCGUUUUCAGCCUGACUUCGACCACUGCGUGUUUGGAACGAUCCUUCGGCUUCGACGACCUCACUGCGCAACUGGCUUAUCGCGACCAGGCCGGCCUUCUAAGUACAUCGUUCUGGGUAACGAUGCACGACUCCGAGGAAGGGGAGAUUGCCGGCCACACCCUGAAGCACGAUGUGCUUGGAUCGAAAACGGUCGAAGCGCUGAUAGCAGUACUCGGUCUUGAUCCUGAAACUGCUCAGGCGGAAGACCUGGAUCGAAUGGGCACACGCUUCCUCUGUGGGAACUGCCAGUCCAUGGGGUGGCUCGCACGACUGACCGACCAUGCAUUCAACUGGCGAGGCGCCGUUUUGCACUGCGUGCAGGUACACGAUGCGGCUCCAGAGGCACAGACCUGGAGGAUCUUGACCCCAGACGAGCGCAAAAUCGUGCGUCGCGCAGAGGACACUCAUGACCCAGCCCUGCGAUUUAUGUGGAGCUGCAACCACUGCACUGACUAUGCGGAGAUACUGCUGUCGCGCUCGGCCGUCCAGUCACACGUGCGAGAGGAACACGACAUCGCCGAACCCGAGGAGGACGUUGAUUUCUUCCACGCACAUCCGACGGUUCGCUGGAACCCGCGGCCUCAGUCUCUCUCGCGCAGCCUUAGGCGUGCAGGGCAAACACCGGACGCCACGGGACAGGCAGACAACGGCGGUGGCGACGCCGCCAAUAGGAGCGGCGCGUGCAUCGUGUCGUAGGCUAUACCGAGGUGUGUCUGAUACGAUGAUUAUCGAUUGAGCAUUGGCUGACCAAUGUCAGAGCGCGACCCAACGCACCAAUUCUUUACUGUGCAUGUUGUAUCAUCACAAUACAUUAUUCAAUAUUGAUCUUAUUCGAUGGGUGCAUGCGACU